CAAAUGCUGAAAGACAUUGCAUCUGGGUUGGCUGAUCCAUCGACAACAUCCACUUACUUUUUCAGAUAAACACUCCUGUAAUGCAUAGUGUACGUAGGUUGGCAGAACAACCAAAGAAGAUUUACCCCGUCUUUGUAUCGCUAUUUCACGUGAAGUUAAAGGCUUGAAAAGGUAGUUUUCUAUCAGUCUCUAGGUGCUGUAAAACAAAUAAACACGCUUAUGUGACUCCUGUUUUGAGGAUCACUGUCAACUUCCUCUUCAUCUCGAGCUUCUGCCACUUGUUAACUUAUCACACAGGCGUUUUUCAGUCUUGGAAUCAUGUCGCAACUGUAGAGAAAGUAAUUUCUGGCAACCACAUGGGCUUUAGCUCUUGGUAACCUGACCCACUUCGCCCCUCCUUCCCCCAAUUCUCCCGCCACUCCGGUCCUUGGAGGUGGGAACUUAUUCUGAGCUACGAUUUUAAAAAACCAAGAUCUCACCACAUAAGAUCAAUCGUCUUAUAGGAGUUCAAACUUACGUUAACAUCUCGCACUUGACCACAAAGAGACCAGACAUGCCAAGAGCAUUUUUGAUUCGCCGUCACAAUCCUGUACUGGACACUGAAGAUACAAAUGGUACAAGAGAGAACAGCCCAGAGAGAAGUGUCUCUACAGCAGAAGGGGAUUCCUGCACUUAUAUCACGGAGGUGUCAUUCCCCUUGAAGCCUGCUAGCCCCAAGUCCCCUGCCUGCCUCUCACGCCUCCCGGACAACUUAGUUACUCUCCCGUUGAUGACUUACUUCGGAGAUGUGCAAAAGGAGCCGCUAAGUUUAACAGUGGAAAGAAACCCCACUGCAUGCCAGCGAGAACACAGUGAUUUUGAAGUCGCAGGGGGUGAGACAGCAAAGCCCCUACAGGAGGUAAUUCUUCAGGACCAUCAAGUGGUUUCGAAAAUAACGACGUGUGACAGUCAUUCUUGUCCAGACUGUGGUAAGGUAUAUAGUACCACCAGCAAUUUAGCUCGUCAUAGACAGACCCAUCGCAAUGUUGCAGACAAAAAAGCUCGUAAGUGCCCACAUUGUCAAAAAGUGUACGUGUCUAUGCCGGCAUUCAGUAUGCACGUGCGCACUCAUAGUCAGGGCUGUCAAUGUCCAUAUUGCGGUAAGUGCUUUAGUCGACCAUGGCUACUUCAAGGCCAUAUCCGUACCCACACUGGAGAGAAGCCCUUUACAUGUCCCAUCUGCAACAAAGCAUUUGCUGAUAAGUCCAAUCUAAGAGCCCACAUCCAAACUCACUCCACCAACAAACCAUACAUUUGCCAGCGAUGUGGUAAAGCUUUCGCUCUCAAAAGUUAUCUGUACAAACACGAGGAGUCCUCGUGUAUGCGAAUGAACCGACAGCACAAAACUAGCAGUCGAGGAACCAACAGGAACUCUUGUCAAAAGCUCUUACCAAGAGAGCAGUCUACAAGCACUUUUAUUGAGUAGAGUACGUCUCUGAAGCUUCUGCAUAUCCAGGCAUAAGACGGCGUCUCCAUGAGUUUAAGGGAACAGAGAAUAUUGGCACUGAAGAAAAAAACAUAUAUCAUUAUUGAAAACAACUCCUCCAGAGACCUGACUAUGGAGUUGAAGAAUUCGUUAAGUUUUUCACUCUGAUAUGAUUCUUUUAAGUUGAAAAAUAGUUUCUUCUGAUUUUGAUAAUUUGUGAAUUCACAAGUGCCAAGUUUAUAUAAAAUAAUCUAUGAUUUCAGUUAAGUGUACAUCAAACGUUUAUCAUUGCUCAA